CCCCACAUGACACAUUCUGCUCCGUUGCAGCACCUUGCAUAGUUUUGCGAAACGAGCAAAGGAAGCAACGACGUUCUUUUCGGUCAUCCACGCUGUGACGGCAGCACUCUGUACGUUUGCGUGAAGCGAUCACCACCAGCCACAUUGCUCGGUAGCUAUGCCGAAGAACAAGGGAAAGGGAGGUAAAAACCGUCGCAGGGGUAAGAACGAGAACGAGUCCGAGAAGCGCGAACUAAUCUUCAAGGAGGAUGAACAGGAAUAUGCACAGGUCACAAAAAUGUUGGGCAACGGCAGACUGGAGGCAAUGUGCUUCGACGGCGUGAAACGACUCUGUCACAUCCGUGGCAAGCUGCGAAAAAAGGUAUGGAUCAACCAGGGAGACAUAAUUCUGAUCGGCCUGCGAGACUACCAGGAUUCAAAGGCAGACGUUAUCCUUAAAUACACCCCGGAUGAGGCCCGAAAUCUGAAGACGUACGGCGAGUUCCCAGAAUCGGUGCGCAUCAACGAAACGGUGACGUUCGUCGAAAACGACAUGGAUGACGACAUCGAGUUCGGUGACGAUUACAGCUCAUCGGAGGAAGGCGAUGCAAUCGACACCAUCUGAUCUGGGCGGCUCGCAUCUACUAACAUC